AUUCGGCACCCUGCACAGGCACAUACCCUUGCUGUCCAGGCUGUCGCUGAACAAGUCCGACAAGGCGCAUUGCAGAAAUGUGGAUCACGUCAAGUGUAAUGGACAAUCUCAACCAAUGUACAGACAACCAAGAUUCAGCUCUAGGAGACAGUACAGAAGAGUAGUAUUCAAGCACGGUGAAUGUAAUGUUGUUCAAGGAAAAGUAGCUAAAAGAAGAAGAAAAUAUUUACAGGAUAUAUUUACAACACUUGUUGAUGCUCAAUGGCGAUGGACAUUGUUAGUGUUUUCAAUGAAUUUCAUGCUCAGCUGGUUAGGGUUUGCCGUUGUAUGGUGGCUGAUCGCACUAAACCAUGGCGAUUUGGAAUUAUCGGUUAGGGAUAAUAACUCAACGUGGGUACCAUGUGUUCGAGAAAUGUAUUCUUUCACGUCGUGCUUUCUGUUCAGCGUCGAAACUCAGCACACAAUAGGUUAUGGUUCCAAACACACAACCGAAGAAUGUCCUGAAGCAAUAUUCAUUAUGUGUCUACAGAGCAUAGUAGGCGUUAUGAUCCAGGCAUUUAUGGUGGGCGUAGUGUUCGCUAAAUUAUCCAGGCCGAAAAAACGAACACAGACAUUGUUGUUCAGCAGAAAUGCUGUAAUCUGCCAAAGGGAUGGAAUUCUGUGUCUCAUGUUCCGUGUAGGUGACAUGAGAAAAUCGCAUAUUAUUGAGGCACACGUUAGGGCGCAGCUAAUAAAGAAAAAAAUGACAAUAGAAGGUGAACUGUUACCGUUUCACCAACAAGAACUUAAAGUCGGCGGUGAUGGUGAAGAGGACAGGAUAUUCUUCAUAUGGCCUACGACUAUUGUUCACAAAAUUACUCCACAGUCACCGCUGUAUAUGCUUUCGGCUGCCGAUUUCUUACAAGAGAAGUUUGAAAUUGUCGUUGUCCUAGAAGGAGUUAUCGAAUCAACGGGAAUGACGACACAAGCUAGAUCAUCGUACCUACCAAAUGAAAUACUUUGGGGACAUAGGUUUGAUACACUAGUGUCAUUCAAAAAAGAAACCGGUGAACACGAAGUGGAUUAUAGUUUAUUCAAUAAUACUUAUGUUGUAGACACGCCGCUUUGCAGUGCACACGAUCUGAAAAAGCUCAUUUCGCUUCGGGCCCAUACUGAGAUGCACCAUAUGCAACCCCUGGAUCACUCUACCAACUACAGCGACCCGUCGGACAGUACUUCCGGGUCUAGGACUUACAAGCCCCGUAGUGAACUACAUGACAAGCAAUUGUCUACCAGUGACCUGAUGAUGGCCCAACUGGAGCCGUUCCUCAUAAAACCCGGUGAACUGCCCGGGCCAGAAUCAUUCCUGUGACGAUUAAUGAUCUACAACGAUCAUUUUCUGCCACCUAUAAGCUGAACGCUGGAACUACCAUCGUUUCGUAAUAAGCAGAGGCAUCCCAAUCAUCUUCCACUCCCAAAAUUAUUGUGAUCUUCUUAGACGUUAUUGGUUAUUAUAAUUUAUUGUACUUUGGUUUUUAAUAAAAUUAGUUAAUUUGA